GAAAGAUAAAACUCUACUCGGCCUGCUCGAGAUCGCGAGCCAGGAUCAGGCCCUGAUCAGGAACUUUUUUUUUUCUUGAGCCGGUCCUAGCUCACGCAUUCCCCCUUCCCCUCAUAGCUCAUUUCGCUACCUCAAUUCCGCUUUCCUCUAUAAUACCACACACAUAUAUACUAUGCCCGAUUCACGGAAACCGCAAUUCAGGCCCACUACGACCUGGUAUGAGGAUGCUGACAAGUACUGGAAGAGUGUAAAGUCCAACAACGACGGGAUGCUCGGUGGACUGGAGUACGUGCACGAGCCAGAUAUCCGGGACUCGACGGCGUUUCUCUCAAAGCUGGUCUCGCAAGGAAAGCUAACCAGUGGUACGUCAUAUGCCUGCGACUGCGGCGCAGGGAUCGGCCGUGUCAGCAAGCACUUUUUGACGGCACAAUUUGACAAAGUCGACCUGGUGGAGCAGAACAGUGUAUUUUUGAAGGAGGCCGAGGAGACGAAUCUGCAGGAGGCCCAAGCGCAGGGUAAAAUUGGCGAGUUCUUCCCGCUUGGUCUGCAGAUGUUUGAGCCUGCGCAGGCGCGGUACGAUGUGAUCUGGUGCCAGUGGGUGUUGAGCCAUCUGACUGAUGAGGAUCUGGAGGCUUUUCUGGUGCGCUGCAAAAGCGGGCUGAAAGACGGCGGGCUGAUCUGUGUCAAGGAGAAUGUCGCGCGGAUCGGAUAUAUCGUUGAUGAUGUUGAUAGCAGUGUGACACGUGCGACUGGCAUCUACGAGGGUGUUUUCAAGAAGGCUGGGUUGAAGGUUAUGGCGAAGCAGGCGCAGACAGGGUUCCCGCUCGGCCUGUUCCGCGUCAAUAUGUGGGCGCUGACGCCGAUCUAGGCUCUGGAGAUGUAGAAGCGCUCCAAACGGUGCCCAGGAAAAGGGGGCGCAGGACAUGGUGUAGAAAAUUGUUAUUCGAGAAAAAUGAAACAUGCAACUCUUCUUUCCUCG